AUGAAAAUCGGGAUAUUCGGUUUUUAUCUACUGGUCGGUGUUUUAAGGAUAUCCCUGGCUCAGGAAUACAAUGAUUAUUCAUCAUUUAUAAGUGCCAAUGCUUCGUUGGCAGUCGUGGUCGAUCAGGAUUAUAUGCAACAACACAAUUUGAAUAUUCUAUCACAUUUUCAAAAAAUUCUAAGUGAUACAAUUCGGGAAAAUCUCAAAACGGGUGGCAUCAAUGUGAAAUAUUUUUCAUGGAGCGGAAUACGUUUGAAAAAGGAUUUCCUAGCCGCCAUGACCGUUAUGGAUUGUGAGAACACAAUGAAAUUUUUUAAAGCCACGAGGGCAAAUUCUAUUCUCCUUAUUGCUAUAACUGAUGCUGAUUGUCCUCGUUUGCCACUCGACCAGGCUCUAAUGAUACCCUUGGUGGAACGUGGUGAAGAAUUUCCCCAAAUGAUCUUGGAUGCCAAGGUGCAAAAUAUUCUACCAUGGAAAACCGCCGUCGUAAUAAUGGAUGAAAAUUUGGCCAAUGAAAAUACAAAAUUAGUGGAAUCGGUGGUACAUGAGAGUACAAAAAAUAAUAUUGUACCAAUUUCCUUGUAUCUGUAUAGCAUCAAUGACCGCUUGCGUACGCAACGAAAACGUCAAGCGAUACGCGACACCUUGCUGCCAUUUCAACGCCAUCCCCGAGAAUCAAAUCAAUUUAUUGUAUUCUCGAAGUUCUAUGAAGAUAUUAUUGAAAUGGCCGAUAAUAUGGAUAUGUUUCAUGUCAAUAAUCAAUGGAUGUUUUUUGUACUGGAAGAAAAUACCCAGCAGUUUGAUGCAAUGGCUGUGACACAGAAUUUGGGCGAGGGUGCCAAUAUCGCAUUUGUUUUAAAUGAAACAUCGCCUAGUUGUGAGGCCUCCUUGAAUUGUACCCUGCAAGAAAUCUCCAUGGCCUUUGUCUUGUCCAUUUCGAAGCUAAUUGCUGUAGAACAAUCAAUCUAUGGUGAAAUAUCUGAUGAAGAAUGGGAGGCUUUACGUUAUACCAAGAAAGAGAAACAGGAUGAUAUUCUGCAGACAAUGAAAGAAUAUUUAAGAAAUCAUAGCCGCUGUUCAACAUGUUCGAAAUGGCGUAUCAUUACAGCCUUGUCUUGGGGUAAAUCUCAAGAACACCAUAAACCACGGCGGGGCCUUAUGGAAAAUCGCAAUAAAUACUUCGAGUUCGUAAAUAUUGGUUAUUGGACAUCGGUAUUGGGUUUCGUUACACAUGAAUUGGUAUUUCCUCACAUCACACAUUAUUUCCGUAAUAUAACACUGGAUAUAAUAACAAUGCAUCGACCACCAUGGCAAAUUUUGAAAAAAGAUCAACACGGUGAUAUUAUCAAACAUUCGGGAAUUGUUAUGGAAAUUCUCAAGGAAUUAUCACGAAUGCUUAAUUUCACUUAUGUACUACACGAUGCACCAGCUAUAGACCCCAGCGAUGAUUUGCUCAAUCAAAAUGACACGGAUCAACUAUUGGGUUCAUUGACCUAUAUAAUACCAUAUCAAGUGGCAGAAAUGUUACAGGCAAAUAAGUAUUUCAUGGCAGCCGUGGCAGCAACCGUUGAUGAUCCCGACAAGAAACCCUUUAAUUACACCAUACCGAUUAGUAUACAAAAAUAUUCAUUUAUCUCCAGGAGACCCGAUGAAGUUAGUCGUAUCUACUUAUUUACAGCACCAUUUACCCUGGAGACCUGGGCAUCACUGGUUGGAGUAAUUGUAAUAACAUCACCCGUUCUCUUCAUCAUAAAUCGUUUUGUACCCGUUGAACAUUUGAAAGUUAAAGGAUUUUCAACAAUUAAAAAUUGUUUUUGGUAUAUUUAUGGUGCCAUACUGCAGCAGGGUGGCAUGUAUUUACCACAAGCGGAUAGUGGACGUUUGGUAAUCGGAUUUUGGUGGAUUGUCGUAACAGUUAUUGUCACCACCUAUUGUGGUAAUUUGGUGGCAUUCUUAACAUUUCCGAGAUUCCAACCCGGCUUGGAUUACUUCUUUCAACUGUAUAAGCAUAAUGAAUAUGAACAGUUUGGCCUGCGGAAUGGUACAUAUUUUGAAAAAUAUGCAGCGCAAACCUCAACCCGUAAAGAAUUCACCAAAUAUUUGGAUAAGGCAAUUAUCUACAAUAAUUUACGCGAGGAAAAUAUUGAAGCUGUUAAACGGGGGGAACGUGUCAAUAUAGAUUGGCGCAUCAAUCUACAGUUGAUAAUACAAAAACAUUUCGAGAAGGAAAAAGAAUGUAAAUUUACACUGGGUAAAGAAAAUUUCCUCGAUGAGCAAAUUGCCAUGCUGAUGCCCAGCAAUAGUCCUUAUUUGAUUUUAUUGAAUGAACAAAUAACGCGAUUAAGUCAAAUGGGUUUCAUCGAACGAUGGCAUCAGACAAAUCUACCAUCGAUGGACAAGUGUAAUGGCCGCGGCGUUAUGCGUCAAAUAACAAAUCAUAAAGUCAAUUUGGAUGAUAUGCAAGGAUGCUUUUUGGUGUUGCUAUUAGGUUCCCUUGUUGCCCUCUUGAUUAUACUACUGGAGUACCUAUAUAAACGUUGGCAAGAAAAAUAUGACGAUGCAUCAAAACGAACCAUAUUCUCUAAUUAA